GCUUUUUGCAGCAUAGGCGGACGAGUCCGCGUCGCGUGACUGUCAGGCUGAACUACAGCAGCUGUGACUACCCGCGGAUGUGUGUGUUGAUUCAUCAUGGAUUUUCAUUGCAAUGACAUUGCUAGAGAAUUUUUGUCUGAUGUUAAUAAACUUUGUAGUGCCGAUGGGGAGAUUAGAGAUGAAGAAGAGGAAGAAAGUCAUAUGGCAGUUCUUGCGGAAUACUUACUGAAAGGAAGAGGACACUUGCUACUUACCACACUCAGUAAGACUGUCGAUCAGAGGUUGACAUGUCGAGAAGAACUUAUGACUUUAAUUUUGUCUCUGUUACCUCUGGUUUGGAAGAUUCCUGUGGAUGAAGACAAGGCAAUAGUGUUUAACCCAUUUUCCAAUGGAAUGGAAGCAGUUGCUACUAGUGAAAUUUUGCAUGCUCCUCAUAAUAGGACAGAUACUGAUGAAACAUUCCACUCAAGCUUUCUGCAUAGCUCAAAUACUGUGCCACAACAUAAACCAAGGCGUCAGCCCAAAAUUAUAUGUCGUUAUUCACUGAAGGAGGACCAAAGAACAUUUUCUUCAUCAGAUUCGGAGACUACUGCACAAGAACAGUCAUUGAUAAAGCAGAGAAAACUAUUUAGAAAACAUUCACCUGCAAAUAUCAGAGAUACCAUAAUAGCUGAAGAAAAUGCACAACAAAAGGGGGACUGCAAACCAGACUUAGAAACCACAUUUUCUGAAAUAAAUCAAACAGCCUCCUUUUCAAAUACAGAAUCUUCACCUUUUAGUCUUUGCCAGAUCCUGUUAUCUUUGCUUGAAAAAGUUAGCAAAUUCGAUAUAAUGCUGAAUCCUGGUUCUGUGCUUUCCAUUUGCAUCAUUCCAGCUUUAACGGAAUUCAUAUCAGAAAUUGGUGAUUAUUAUGCCCCUGGAAAGGGAACACUAGUAAAAGGUUGGACCAAGGAACCUGUGGCAUUAGUUCAGAGAAUGCUGUUACAUACAUUAUUUAGUGUUUUGUCUGUAGACAUUAGGGAAAAGGAUUUCAUGCCUGACAGUCUUAGAAAUAGUCUUAUUGACUUGUUGCGAACAUCUUUGAAACUAAAAUCUUACAUAAAUAAUACGCUAGACUCAAACCAAGGGCUGUUACAAGACACUAUGGGCAACAUACCUUUGUGUAGCCGUCAACACCAAGCUUUUUUUUUUCCAGAUCUCCUUGAAGGUGUUUUUCAAAUUAUGCUAUCAUGUCUUAAAUGUUCGGCACCAAACCCGCUCUAUUUUAGUCAAUGUAUAGAAAUUUUGCAUGACUUUAUUCAAUACAACGGCUUUAAUCUUUUUGAAAAAGCAAUUCUUCAGAUGGAAUCUUUAGGUCUGCAAUAUGAAACUCUACAUUCAGAGGCUUCUGAUCAUGUGCUGAUUCUUAUUAGCAGUGUACUAAAAAUAGUCAGUUUAGUAAAAAAGGUAAAAUCUGAACAGCUUCAUCAAUCAGUAUGUACAAGGAAAAGGCAUCGCAGAUGUGAGUUCUCUUACUUCUUGCACCACCACAGAGACCUAUCGGGUCUUCCUAUUUCCCUGUUCAAGAAUGAAAACCUUGAUGAAGGUAUGUCUGAAGAAAUCCAUUAUCCUGAGAGAAGUUGUUGCAUAGCGGUAUGCUCACUUCACUGCUUGCGUUUACUUCAAAGAGCAUCAGUGACCUCAACACACCUGCAAAUUCUCUCAGGAAUUCAGAAUGCUGGUAUUUGUUGUUGCAUGGAUCCAUUAUCAGUUGUCACCCCACUCCUUCAUGCUUUUAAAGUGCCAGCCUUAAAGAAUGUGCAGCACCAAAUAAUAAGUAUCCUUGAGCAUUUUCUACUAAAUCAAUUGGGUGGAAGCGAAAUAUCCAGUGUUCAGAAACAAGCGUCUUGUAACGUGUGUGUGAUGGACAGUGAUCCUUUAAUAGAGUUAAAGGAUACAUUUCAGUCGAAAGCUGAUACAACUCUUGUAACAGCUCAGUGCAGUAUGCCAUACAGAUUACAAGGGGUUUUACCGUGCGGAGGAUCUGAGGAUAUGAUGUGGAAAUGGGAUUCUUUAGAAGCUUAUCAGGAACUUGUGUUUAGCAAUGACUUCCAACUAAGCGUUCAUAUUUCUAGCCAUGUUUGCUACUUACUUCAAGAAGGAAAUGCAUUUAUUCAGCGGAAAUUGUAUACUCUUAUUUUUAAUGGAAUUCUGCAAAAAGGUGUGGACAUGGUUCAUUACUUCCAACAGUCUGGCACGUCUGCAUUGUGUAGCCAGCCUGACUCCAACCAGAAUGCAUGUUUCCUGGAAGUGCUUAAAGUUUAUUUAAAACGCUUACCAGAGUUGCUAAAAUCAAGGGUAGUACGAGAAACUUUCUUAAAUUUAAACGGAUUAAAUCAAGUUACUGAACUUACCUAUUUGGAUCCAUUGAGGUGUUUUUGUUUGAAAGUUUUUGAGACACUUAUUUGCUUUGAAGAGCAGCAAACUGAUCUUGUAGCUGCUCCUGCAGAUAUUGGUGGCGACGAUUCUUGCACACUUGCUUCAGUAUUUUCUGUCCAACUUUUGAAGCCUCAGGAAUGUAUAAAUGUUUCACAGAGUUUGAGUAAAGUCUACAGUGUUCUCAAAGAUUCAUGUUCAAAUAAAAGAAAGGAUAUCGAUCAGAAGAUGAACACGAUAAAUCUAUUUCUUUGUUUGACGUUUUUGAGUGUGAGCAAAGAUGCAGAGUCAGAUCUUGAAUUGAUCAAUGAAUCCGAAGACACAUCAGGUUAUGACAGCACUGCAAGUGAACCGCAAAAUAUUUUACCAAAGCUAAAUGCUGAAAGCUUGUUUUUGCCUCCAGUAGAACAGAUACACUGUGCUGCCGACAUUUGGUCUAUGUGUUACUGGCUUUACAUGCAAAAUUCAAUGUUCCAGAAGCAAUUUCUCAAAAUUGGUGGCUUUGAUUUGUGUUAUAAGCUUGUUCAGAUGAUGAUUAAUAACUUUCCUAGCUUUGAAGAUCUUACUACUGUCACACAUUCAGAGUCUUUAAAACAAUUUCCAGAUGAAAGCUCUGGCAUCGAAUCCCAUGAGCAAGGGCAACGUUUAAUCCCCAACCAAGAUUCCACUCGUGAUGUAUGCCAUUUGUUGCAACCUCCUAAUUGUUCAGAUGACAAAUCAAAUGUGUUGUCUUCUGGCAAAAAUAAUGCUCAAAUCUGGUCAUCUGGUGCUGGGAGACUAUUUGAGGCUUUGUUAUCCAUUUGUCUUCAUAGUGCACGAAACUGCCAAUUAAAAUCAGAUUUUGAAACUUUUCAGAAUCUUCCUGUCCAACAUGUCAUCCUUGAAAUACAAGAGCUACUUGCACAUUCAAGAAUACUGGAGACUAAUCUUUCACCGCAUAUUUUUGAUUGUCUUCUUCGUGUGGCUGUGUUAAAUUUCCCUUUACUAUGUAAUCCUUCUGAGGAACAAAGUGAAAAGGUACAGAUGUCUGAAGAGUUUGUUCUCGAUCAUGGAAAAAUUCCUGAACAUCCAGAUGAAAGCCACGGUUGCAAGUUAAGCAUUUUUGGAGAGGAAGAAGGAUAUGAAGCAGACAGUGAAAGUAACCCAGAAGAUGCAUCUGAAGAUGAUGAAGUCAAAACAAAACUUGAAGAAUUGUUAAGCACAAAUGAUGAACAAGAGAUGUGUACCAGCGGAGAACUAUUGUAUCCUGAAAUCUGUGCUUUAGUGCUAAAUUUACUUUCUGGAUAUCACGCAAACACAAGCUUAGUCAACAGAGUUUUCCACAGCAUUUUAAAAAUAUUGAGGAUGCGGAAAAAGAACAUUUUGCUUCUAGUUCAGCAGGGAACUACUAAAUCCUUACUAAAUGGAUUUCAUCAUAUUUUCUCAAGCACUGCUUCCGGGGUGCAAGAAUGUGGUGAAAUAUUAAUCAGCAUAUUGGUUACAUUGAUGAGUCACAGUAUAAAUUCAUGCGAAUUAGCUUUCUUGUUGCAUUGUUUUCUGGAAAAUACUUUGCCUAAUGAAAUGCUCAUAAAUGGAAUUCUCAAGAUCACUGAGGCCAGCAAUGGCAUUAUACCUCUAAAACAUCUGACUUUCCCUCUGCAGCAGAACUUAGUUGUAACAAGUGGUGUUGCACAGAAAUCUCCUGGUUCUACUUUUGCAAAAACAGCAGGAUUCUGUCGAAGAACAAAAAUAUGGCAAAAUAAAGAUGUCAGUUGUGAUAAUUUGCUUUCUCCGUGGCACAUUGCACCUAUUCAUAUACCUUUGGUUGGCCAGAACUGUUGGCCACAUAUGUCUGAUGGAUUCAGUUUUACUCUGUGGUUAAAACUUGAGUGCAAUCAGGAAUUAGACAGCGCCAUAAGAGGAAAGCAAACAAAGAAGAAAAAGAAAAUCCCUUUUCAAGUGCAAAGUACAGUAGCAGACAAGACUUCUGGGGCACAUUUUUCCACUUGUGAGAGACUUUUAGAUGAUGGCUGUAUACAUGUGCUUUCCCUGGGCUCUAAGGUGCUCAUGAUGCAGAUCUGGUUGAAUGUGGCAUUGGGUCGUUUUACUUUUAGACUAUGCUCAAGUACCAGUGAUGAAUAUAAAUGGACCCCGUUGGCACAAGUUGAAAUGCAAGAGAGCAUUUUAUAUCCUGGACAUUGGCAACACUUGGCUUUUACAUGUAAAGAUGUUUUUGAAACAAAGAACAAAGUGUGCAGUAAAAUAAUGUUAUGGAUCUCUGGACAGAGGGUAACAGAGGUUACUCUUGAGUAUAAUCCUCCUAGAAAAGGAAGCCUUUCAUCUGACUCCAAUCGAACAGUUUGUAUGAUUGGUCAUGUGUCAUCUCAAGAAGACAAUAUUCUUUCAGGAAGACAGUUGUGUCUAGGAAACCUGCUACUCUUUAAUGGUCCUAUUCUUGGCAUAGAAGAAGCAUUUCAUUUAUAUUGUCGAGGUCCAGAUUUUACUUCAUUAAUGACUUGUAAACAUGGAAAUGUUAUUAUUGAUCAUUGCAAAUAUAUAUCAAAAGAAAUCCUGCAAAAUGAAAAAAUUCACAGUUUUCUUAUUAAAAACAAAGGAGUUGACCUAGCCUCUUUAGCUGAAAAUCUUGCUGUCGUGUAUGAUAUGGAAAACCCAUCAAUUUACACAAUUUACGAACCAGUAAUCAGGAUGAGAGGAAGCUUGAAAGCCACAUCAUCCCAAAGACCAUUUAGUACAAAGGAAGUUAUAAGCAAAUGCUUGGAUUCCCAGUCACUAAAAAUGUUAAAUCCAUGUUAUGAAAUAAACAUUCACAGUGUUCUGCAUGAGAUUGGUGGAAUUGGAGCAAUGGUGUUUCUCUUUGCAAGGAUUGUGGAGAUCAGUAGUUGUGAAAAAGCACAAUCAUCAGGAUUACAGAUUAUAUUGUCUUUAAUAAAAUAUAACCAGCACAGAAUACAGGAAAGUGAAAACUGUGAUAUAUAUCCCAUGAUACACAAAGUUUUAAUUCAACCGAAAUGUAUUAUGGGUUUUCAUAUGCUAAAGACCAUUUUGAAAGGAUGCACUGGUGAUUGGUUACUCAGUACAAAUGAGAAUGAAAAUGUUUGCCUAAAUUAUGAAACUACUGCUGUGAUUCAAGAUGUUGAUCUAUUAGAACACCUACUCUUAGACUGGAAAAUUUGGUCAAAAGCAGAGGUUGGAGUUUGGCAAACUUUAAUGACCACUCUGGAAAUGUUAAUCAGAGAUACCCAUCCGUACAAAGUGUUUAAUAUAAAGCAGUUAUUAAAAGCCAGAGUCGUGAAUCACUUCCUGCUUGGUUGCCAGGUGCUACAGGAGCACAAGGAGGGCCAUAUAGCAUCCAUCCCUCAAGAGGUUUGUGGAUCGUAUAUAAAAAUCAUUGAAGAAGUACUUGGCUCUCCUCCGGAGUUGGACCUUCUGAAGUUAAUCUUCAGUUUCCUAUUGGCAGUCCACCCACCUACAAACACUUUUGUUUGUCAUAAUCCCAAUAGUUUUUUCUUUUCUUUACACAUAGAUGAUAAAAUAUUUGAAGAGAAACUUAAAUCAGUAAUAAAUCAAAGACAUUCUUCAAUUGGAGGCCAAUCUGCAGCCAGUCCUGUGUUUUCAAGCAAAGGAGCUGAAAGUUAUGUAUUUUCAUCAACGCAGCAUGUACAGCUUCCUGUGGUUGAGAGGUCUCGUUCCAAGAGUUUGCCAGUAUCCCCUUCUUGUUCGCCCAGAGUGCAGCCAAAAAGGUUAGAAGGGAGCUUUAGUAAGAGUAUCGUUGAUUUGACAGACAACAAGGAACCGAAGGAAGAUGCUGUGUGUAACUAUGACCACAGAUUAGACGUUUUGAUAAAAGAAUCAGCCCAGACAGUAUGUGAAUGGGGUAAUCGUCCCGACUGUAUCACAAUUACAGAGCCACCUAAAGAAGAUUCAGACAAUUUCACUCUAAACGAUGUCAAGCAUACUUAAACUCAAGAAAGCACUUGCGAGGACACAGUUUUGAGGAGGCCUGAUAAACUUAAAGGAAUUUACUCGCCUAAAGGACAAGGCAGUAUUGCAAGCAUUAGUCUUGAUUUUCCUUCAGUUGCAUCUUUUCCCAGUGCAAGUUGGGCAGAUGAUCCUGAGAAGAAAAAAAUGGAAGAUUGGGAGAACUUUUCCUUCUCCCCGGUAGUUGGUCCAGUCAAUAUGGAAGAGAGACCAGUGGAUGAAUGUAUGCACCUUGUGUGCUGCGGGCUUUAUAACCUUUUAUGUGGAGUGGUAAUCACUAUGCCGGAUAUCAUGGUAGCUGAUGUUUUGAAAAAAAUUAUACAAGCCGAUGUCCUCAUAGUGUUAGUCAAUCAUCCAUCUACACUUAUUCAACAAGGAGUCCUGAAAUUACUGAAUGCAUAUUUUCAUCGAGCAUCUAAAGAAGAAAAGGAGGCUUUUCUAAAGAAAAGUGGUUUCUGUCUGCUUGCCAACCAGUUGUAUCUCCAUCAGGGAAGUCACGAGGUUUUAGAAUGCUUAUUGGAAAUAUUCUUUGGACGACGUAUUGGACUGGAUGAGGAGUUUGAUGUUGAUGAAAUCAAAGCUGCAAAUGCCUUCAAGAAGUGGUGCCUCAUUCCAGUUCUUGGGUUGAUUGAGAAUUCUUUACAUGAUGCCAGCCUGUUGCAUACUUUGUUUUGCCUUUUGCUUCAAAUCAUUAAUUCCUGCUCAAAAGUUGCAGAUAUGCUGCUUGAUAGUGGUUUGCUAUAUGCUUUGUGUAAUACAUUAGCAACCCUAUGUGGUAUAGAAACGAGUGUUUCCAAGAGUGAAUAUAUUUUGCUGGCUUGUGACUUGCAGCAACUGCUGAUAGCUGUCACCAUACACUCCUGCAGUUCAUCUGGAUCCCAGUAUUUUCGCAUUGUUGAAGAUUUGAUAGUGAUACUUGGAUAUUUGAAUGAAAGCAAAAACAAAAAAUUGCAAAAUAUGGCUGUUGUAAUGCAGUUCAAAAUAUUAUACUCUGCUGUUGAGUUCAUAAAAACAACUUCAAACCAAGACACUCAAGCUGUUUGUACCACUUAUCAUUCCCAUCAGUCUUCUUAUGCAAAAUACCCUAAAAGAAAAAAUACUGCAGGUGCACAAAAGUUAUCAAUUGCACAGUCAGAUCCUCUCUUGAUGACUAUGCGUUCAUUUGCAACCAGUGAACUUACAGAACUGAUGCACAGAAGAAUGAGUCAAGAAAAUCCAACAAGAGCUACUGAAUCAGAGUUUGUGCAGAGACUACAGAGGCUGACGGUCCUUUCUGUCAACAGACUUAUUUAUCAAGAUAUUGUCGAAGAGAAAGGGGAUCCAGAGUUGUGUUUACAAGAUUCUGAAGAUGAGUUACAGUUGAAUGUUUUCCAUGUUAAAAAUGAAUUUCAAAGUGAAUUAUUGAGAGUCAUGAUUGAUGGGAUUAUACUCUUAUUGGGCCCAGGUAGAGCAAGCUCUCCCAAGCACCAGUGGAAAACUACACUUUACCAGUGUUCUGACACAUUUCGUGUUCAGCUUGGGAGACUUUUGGCUCAUCUUUUGUCACCUUCACAAACAAUUGAAAAUCGAAGAAAAAUUCUUCAAAUAGUCAAUGAACCAAGAUAUCAGGAUAUUUUAACCGAAUGUUUAAGUCCUGGUUUGCAACAUGGACCUAAGAUGGCUCUGUAUUUGUUUGAAUUGAUGUACAAUCACAAGGAAGAUUUGACCAAAGAAGACCAAACCAUGGGAACCUUACUAAUGAGUGCUUUAAAGAAAUCUGGUUAUAAAUGUAUUCCUCCAAACGCUCCACUAAAGAUGGAUCUACUUAAGACUUCCAAAGAGGAACAGAGAAAAUGUGAGAAGGAAGAACUUGCAAAUAAAGCAGCUUGGAAGAAAACUAUUGUAAACAAUCAGCAAAAACUUUUCCAACGUCUAGAAUCAAAAUUGAAAGAAAUUUCCAAAAUAGCUGGCGAUAUAACUCAGAGUGUUUCUUUGUCUCAAGGAAUGGAAAGAAAGACUGUUAUACAACACAUUCGCAAUAUGUACAAAGUUGAAUUAAGUGCAAGUAGGCAUUGGCAUGAACUUGUCCAGCAAAUGACUCAUGACAGGGCUGUUUGGUAUGACCCAACAUCAUAUCCAACCUCUUUUCAGCUUGAUCCAACAGAGGGUCCGAAUAGAGAAAGAAGGCGCUUACAAAAAUGCUACUUAACAAUUCCAAACAAGUACAUUCUCAGGGACAGACAAAGACAAGAAGAAUCUAUUAAGCCACCUCUGUCUUACUUUUUUGAGGACAAAACAGAUUCUUCUUUAUCUUCUACUGUAAAAGAGAAAGCAGCAAGUGAACUUAUAAGGGUAAAUCGCAGGUGUAUCAGUGUUGCACCAUCACGAGAAAACAUUGGAGAACUCUUAUUAGGGCAAACUGGCAUGUAUUUUGUUGAGGACUCUUCAAGUGAUACAAUAGAAUCUAAUGCACUCCUUGGGGAAUCAGAACCUGCAUCGUUUUCCUGGACUUACGAAGAAAUAAAAGAAGUACACAAGCGCUGGUGGCAGUUAUGUGAUAAUGCUGUCGAAAUUUUUCUGACAAAUGGGAGAACCUUGUUGCUGGCUUUUGUCAAUACAAAGGUUCGAGAUGAUGUGUAUCAGAACAUAUUGACCAAUUAUCUUCCUAAUCUGUUGGAAUAUGGAAACAUUACGGCUUUAACACAACUCUGGUGUUCUGGGCAGAUAACCAACUUUGAAUAUCUAACUCACUUGAAUAAACAUGCUGGACGAUCAUUCAAUGACUUAAUGCAGUAUCCUGUUUUUCCAUUCAUACUCAGUGAUUACACCAGUGAAACACUUGACCUUAACAGCACCUUAAUAUACAGGAAUCUUGUGAAACCUAUUGCUGUUCAAUCAAAAGACAAAGAAGAUCGAUAUAUAGAUAAUUACAAGUAUUUAGAGGAUGAGUAUUGCAAAGCAGAUAGAGAAGAUGACCCAAUGCCUCCAGUGCAGCCAUAUCAUUAUGGAUCACACUACUCAAACAGUGGUACCGUGCUUCACUUUUUAGUCAGAUUACCUCCUUUCACCAAAAUGUUCCUAGCAUAUCAAGAUCAAAGCUUUGAUAUCCCUGACAGAACCUUCCAUUCUAUGAAUACAACGUGGCGAUUGUCUUCUUAUGAAUCAAUGACGGAUGUAAAAGAGUUGAUUCCAGAAUUUUUCUACUUACCAGAAUUUUUAGUAAACAGAGAAGGCUUUGAUUUUGGAAUACGUCAAAACGGAGAACGUGUAAAUCAUGUAAAUCUUCCACCUUGGGCACGGAAUGAUCCUCGACUUUUCAUCCUGAUUCAUCGACAAGCUCUUGAGUCAGACUAUGUUUCUCAAACCAUGUGUCACUGGAUUGAUUUGGUAUUUGGCUAUAAACAGAAAGGACGUGCUGCUGUUCAAGCCAUCAAUGUUUUCCAUCCAGCUACCUAUUUUGGAAUGGAUGUUUCAGCAGUUGAAGAUCCCGUACAGAGGCGGGCUAUAGAAACUAUGAUAAAAACAUAUGGGCAAACUCCACGCCAACUUUUCCACUCAGCCCAUGUGAGUCGCUCGGGAUCAAAGCUUUUAAUGGAAGGAGAACUCCCUGCAGCUAUGGGAUUGCUAGUUCAAUUUGCUUUUCGGGACAACAAAGAGAACACCAAAGAAUCUACAUAUCCUAGCCCACUACCUUGGAUACGAGGACUAAAAUGGGGGGAAUAUGUUGGAUCACCAAGUGCUCCAGAUCCCACUGUCUGCUUCAGUCAGCCUCAUGGAGAAAAAUUUGGAUGCUUACAGGCAUUACCUACUAGAGCGAUAUGUGGAUUAUCAAGAAAAUUCUGCUUAAUGAUGAGUUACAGUAAGGAACAAGGUGUUCGAAGUAUGCACAGCACCGAUAUUCAGUGGUCUGCAAUACUAAGCUGGGGGUAUCCUGAUAAUAUUCUGAGACUGAAAAGCAAACAGAGUGAGCCUCCUGUAAAUUACAUUCAUUGUUCAGAAUUGCAUCAGAUAACAAGUUGUGCUUGGGUCCCAGACAGCUGUCAGCUUUACACUGGCAGCAAAUGUGGUGUCAUCACCGCAUACUUAAAUCGUUUCACUAAUUCAACGCCUGUGGACAUUGAAGUGCAGUCACAGAUAGAACUUUAUGGUCACUCUGGAGAAAUUACCAGCCUGUUUGUUUGUAAACCAUACAGUAUACUGAUAAGUGUCAGCAUGGAUGGAACUUGUAUUAUAUGGGAUUUAAACAGAUUAUGCUAUGUUCAAAGUCUCGCCGGCCACAAAAAUCCUGUAACAGCAGUUUCUGCUAGUGAGACAACAGGAGACAUUGCAACAGUCUGUGAUUCUGUUGGAGGUGGCAGUGAUCUAAGACUUUGGACUGUAAAUGGUGAUCUCAUUGGGCAUGUACAUUGCAGAGAGAUCAUUUCCUGUGUUGCAUUUUCAAACCAACCAGAGGGAAUAUCUGUUAAUGUAGUUGCUGGAGGACUGGAAAAUGGCAUUGUACGGUUAUGGAGUACAUGGGAUUUGAAGCCAGUUCGUGAAAUAACCUUUCCAAAGUCAAAUAAGCCAAUAGUAAGCCUUACUUUUUCCUGCGAUGGCCAUCAUCUUUACACAGCAAACAGUGAGGGUACAGUGAUUGGCUGGUGUCGCAAGGACCAACAACGUCUGAAAUUACCCAUGUUUUACUCAUUCCUCAGCAACUAUGCAGCUUGUUAAAAGUUAUAAACACUUAGGGGCCAUUCACACGAUCGUAUUUUUCUGUCCACAUCUAUUCUGCAAUUUUGUGGAUUGGAUGCGGACCCAUUAAUUUCAGUGGGGUUGCAAAAGAAAUGUAUGUCCAUUCUGCGGCUCCACAAAUAAGACAGAACAUGUCCUGUUCUUGGUCGUUUAUGCGGACAAGAAUAGGCAUUUCUAUCAUAGGGGAGGACUAGCCGAUCUGCAAAAGGGGAAAUGCCCAAUGCCGGUAUCUGUAUGUUGUGGAUCCGCAAUAUGUGCUGUGUAAAAACAGACAAAAGUUUACUCUAUUCCAGUACUGGUAACAUUUUAAAAUAUCUGUGCUUUACAUGUAUUUUAAUAUAUAUAAAGCCCAAUAUAUAUUUUGUCAAGAAGAUGGGAAUAAUUACAGUAUGCUUUCUGAAUUUUUUAGCUGUAUUCGUUAAAGCAUUUUUGUGUGGAUAUUGCAUAAUACUGACCUUAAAGUGUAACUGCCAUUCUAUUUUUAUUUUUGUAAUGUGUAGGGGCAACUAACCAUUUUUGUAAUAUACCGGAUUUUGGGCUUUAUA